AAUAUUCUCCUCUCUCUCUCAGAUCUAUAUCUAUCUGAUCGGAACAGCACCGACCCGUCUUCCUCCAGUUUCUGUCUCCAGAAUUUCUUUUCCUGAGAAACAAACAAACAAAUAUCCCCCACUUGUAUAUUAAAGACUCUUCUCCAAUCAAUAACGAACUAAGAUAAAAUUUUAGAUAAAUAUCCGAACUCUUCUCUUGAUGUUUAUCCAUUUGCCCCGAUUUUAGCAAUUCCAAGUAAGUUCCUUUUUUUAAUUUCGGAUUUUCCCGGAUUUUCUUCCCCUACGCUUAGGGGUUUCAAAAUUUCUUCUGUUUUAAAUUUUUCUCGGGAAAAUUAUGAUGAGAAGACAAGAUCAACAGUCUAGGGUUUUUUGCGAGCUCUCUGCUCUGAUUCUCAACCUCCUCCGUUCUCCUCCUACGCCGAUUCAGUUUUCCGAUCCAUCUCCGGCGGCGGUGCCUUCGUCUAGGCGACGACCGGAGACGCCGCCGAUAUCGCCGGCGGGGUUUGCAUCGUUGUUGUUGGGGAUUUCGUUGGCUCUGAUGCUGUGUGGAUCGGUUACUUUUUUCAUUGGAUUCAUGUUGAUGCCUUGGGUUCUUGGAUUGGUGAUGGUUUUCUAUGUGGUUGGGAUUGUCUCGAGUCUGUCGAUGAUUGGACGAGCAAUUCUUUGUCACACCACAUCACCGGCUUCGCCGAGGAAGGAGGUUCCAGCGUGGAAACUCUUGUGAAGGUGGUUCAGCAGUUAAGACUAUACACGAUGGAGGAUUCAGCAGCCCUAACAUACUUCUUGGUGGGGCCUCUAGCAAUGUACAAGGAAAAAGAAAUGUACCAGUCUUGUUGCAGAAGUGCUGCAGAAUUUGUGGAUACAAGUGUUAUUAAGAAUUACUAAAAACAUGUGGAUACAUCUUCUACUGACAGUGAAACUGUUGAAGGUUCUCUUGAUUAGUUAUAUUACUUUGAGGAAACAGAUAGAUUAUUCCCUGUUUCUACUUGUUCUAUUAUUUAUCUCAAUAUGAUGUUAGUGUUUUUUGUGCUUUUAGUUUAUGUAAAAUCUUCAGCAUGUGGGGAUUAGGAUAUGCAUUUGUUGUUCUAUCAGGUGGUUUUGGUAUGCUGGGAUAGAAAUGUAUUGGAAGGAACUUAUUAGUGUUCUCUUUAUUUGGUGAUGAAAUGAGAAGAACAAGAAGCCUAUGAAAGCA